AUGGCCAGCGUCCAGGCGCACAGGCCGGAGUGCCCUCUCUGCCGUGCGCCCUUCGACCCUUCCAUGCAGCUCACGCUGAACCACCAGCUCAGGGACUUGGUGUCCCUUGCCAACAACCUCCAGAUCGAUUGUCAAACCCGGGAAGCGGGAUGGGAGGCCUUUCCAACGGCCCGUACGACUGCGCAGCAGUACUCAUCUGAGCUGGGGCGCAAGCCUGCCAAUGGAGGCCAAGCAAUGCCAAGCGCACCACCCGUCGAUGCAUCGCACCUCACUGGCGGUGUUGAUGACGGUGGUGUGGAUGUUAUGUCCUUGGAGCCUCCCUGUUGGGUCCCCGACAGCCAAGGCAUUCAGUGCAGCAAUUGUUGUUUGAAUUUCAGGACACUUGUGAGGCUCAGGCACCACUGCAGGCUAUGUGGUCGAAUCUUCUGCAACCAAUGCUGCAGUAAGCGGAUGCUGCUGCCUCCAAAGUUUGCUGCCAGGGAGCCUGCAAGGGUCUGCGAAAUGUGCUCAUCUGUGCUGGGCCCCCUGCAGCCUUACCUCACUGAGAGGCACAGCAGAGCAUCACAAGACCUUGUGCAUGAUGUCACAGACAGCACAGCCGUACGGUCGUGGGUGAACAACCCUCUGACAAGAUCCCUUGAACAGGACAUUUACAAGGCCACGAACAUAUUGCGAGAGGUGCAGACGGCAAAGAGGCUGUUCAACAACCUCAUACCUGAUGAUGUACUGCAGGGGGCUGCAGGGUUUGCUCUGCUUUCUCAAGUCAAGGUUGGGCUGGGUUUGUGGUCAGCCCGUGUUGGAACAGGUCUUGUUGUUGCUCACCAGCCUUCGGGUGGUUGGAGCGCCCCUUGUGCCGUCAGCUGCUGUGGUGCUGGAUGGGGCCCGCAAGCUGGAGGGGAGAUCUUGGACAUUGUGUUGGUUCUGCCCACUAAAGAGGCGGUGGAUGCCUUUUCAGGCAGGGCGCAGCUCACACUGGGAGGCAGCGUGAGUGUAGCUGUUGGAGUUGGGGUGGGUCGGAUUGCGGAAGCCUUUUUGAAGGUUGGCGACGGCGGUGGCACAACCAGGUGCUACUCCUAUGCGAUCAGCCGGGGUGCCUUUGUUGGAAUCUCUGUGGAGGGUGCUGUGAUAUCCACCCGAGAUGCCGUUAACAUGAACUUCUACGGGCGCCCUGUGACUGCAAAAGACCUGUUGGUGCAAGAGCAGCCGGCCCUGCCUGUUGCUGCGGCCGCUCUGUAUGACUCGCUGGAGGCACUGGUUGGGAUUUCUGGCAAGAUUUGUGAGGCGCCUCCACAGGCAUCAGCACCUGAGGCGCCACUUCGCGCCUCUCAGCUGGCAGAAUCCGUGGAUAGGACAGUGGCGCAGAGGAAUCCUAGUGCAGGGAGCCAGCGAACAGACCCCUUGGCCGACCACCUUGCGCUUCUGGCCAGUCUAGAUGUCAAUGGCAGCUUCGGCUUCAGCGGGUUGUCUCGUUCGGAUAACGUGGCCCGGGUGCCUGUUACCACAGCCGAAGCAGGACCCAGAAAUGUGAGGCAUGUGGAGCAUGUGGAGUACGUUGAGGAGGAAGACGAUGACCCACUACCCAUGCUGGCUUGUCCUUGA